UCCCGCUCUCUCCCUCCCGCCAAUCCCAGCACUCUGUGCUCACGCUUCUCCUUUUCGGCUGCUCUUGUGCGGCUUCGCGCGUCGCUGGGAGGUUUUUGCUGCGAGAGCCGGAGUCGGCGGAGAGGCGACGAUGCUCGGCUUCGUGGGGUCCGUGCUGGCGCUGUUCGCAUCUGUCCCCCUCCUGGUAUUUGUGGUUGCUCCUAUCUUCAGGUCUGUGAUUGGUGGGCUUAGACUUGCAGCCUUUUCAGCUCCUGCCUCUGCAACAACUUCCUUGUGCUAAACGAGCUUCGACGUGAUGACGAAGUUUAUUGCAGGAGGAGUGUGCAAGUCUGCCGCGAAGCUCAAUGGGAAGGUUGUUGUGAUCACAGGGGCCAACACCGGCAUUGGGAAGGAAACUGCCCGAGACCUUGCAGGAAGAGGUGCCAAAGUCAUCCUUGCCUGCAGAGAUAUGGCAAAGGCAGAAACAGCAGCCUGUGAAAUCCGGACCACGACAGGGAACCAGCAGGUUACGGCAAAGAAACUGGACUUGGCAGACACCAAGUCGAUUCGAGAAUUUGCUGAGAAUUUCCUCAAAGAUGAGAAAGAACUCCAUAUCCUCAUUAACAAUGCAGGGGUUAUGCUUUGCCCGUACUCCAAGACAGCCGAUGGCUUUGAGAUGCAUCUAGGAGUCAACCACCUGGGGCACUUCCUUUUAACAUUCCUGUUGAUAGACUGCCUGAAGCAGUCUGCACCAGCACGCAUAGUCAAUGUAUCCUCACUGGCCCAUCAUGGUGGGAGGAUUCGCUUCCAUGACCUCCAGGGCGAGAAGUCCUACAAUCGGGGCCUGGCAUACUGUCAUAGCAAACUGGCCAAUAUUCUCUUUACCCGGGAGUUGGCCAGACGACUGCAAGGCACUGGCGUCACUGUAAAUGUCCUGCAUCCCGGAACAGUCUCUUCUGAAUUAUCCCGCCAUUCAACUAUAUUAGAUACUGUAUGGAAAAGGUCGUCUUUCUUCUUGAAGACACCGGCGGAAGGAGCCCAAACCAGUGUGUAUUGUGCAGUGGCAGAGGAGCUGGAAUCAGUGAGUGGGAAGUAUUUCAGUGACUGCAAACCAGCAUAUGUAUCUCCUCAAGGACGCAAUGAAGAAACAGCGAAGAAGCUGUGGGACGUCAGCUGUGAACUAUUGGGCAUCCAUUGGGACUGAACGACUGAUGUUUCCCUAGAGUUGUACAUGCCUAGUGAGUUAUUUCUUGGAAAAGGCAAACACUGCCAGAGCUGAAGGAUGCAGCUCCUACACGGUCAUUUGAUACCCAUGUUUUGAAUUUUGUUUAUUAUAAAGAGAGCCGUUCAAGGCUUUCAUAUACAACAUAGCUAUCAGCAUGCUCUGGUUUCCAACAUGAGAACAGCCAUCCUCCUCUUGGUUUGAUACAUAAAUAUGGAAGGAGCAGUUGCCAAAAUGCAAGCGUGCAUUGUACCUAGUCUCUCACUCCUCAUUGUUGAUUUGUUUGAUAAAUUAAUCACUAUUACAGUUAGGUUCCUGAUGGAGGUUAACUGAGAUCUGUCAAUCCUGCUACAGUAGAUACUUGCUUGUACUGCUACUUUCUUUAUCUUUUACAAGAAGUCAGCUUUUUGCUGGCCUCUGAAACAUAAAAUGUGAUCAGAAUGGGGUGCAUUGAGAGGUUUAGACCUGCAAAUGAAAUAUUGUUUCUGGAAGCAUUAUAUGAUAGCUAGUUGAGGCCAGUUCAGUUCAGGGCAAGUUGAGUUUAAACACAUAGGUUUAACUUCCCUGUAGAUUUGGGGUCCAAUUACACUUUUGAACUUGAGUUGUGAGGAUAUCACAAAAUGGCUGCUAGCCAUAAAACACUCCACAUAAAGCAAGCUGCUGAGAUGAAGAUAAGAGUUGCUUGCUCAAAUCAGUAGGUACAAGGUGUGUGUAUUCUGAGCUCCAAAACUCUUGCUUUAAGCCUCCCAUUUUCUAGUCAACCAGCCAAUUCCCACCAAUGCAGAGAAGGCCAGCCUCUCUUCUUAAUUCAGUUCUUGAAAAUCUGUUUUGAUUUCCUGCCCCAUGACCAAAUUGCCUCUUGUACUCGGGUACAGACAUUUCUUGCUCCCUCUCUCUCCUUGGUGUCAACACAACUUCGGGCUGCUAGUGUAUAAUUAGAACUAUUUAAUUGAAUGUUGUCCGUGGGGAGAAUGGCUAGUGGACCCUGAAAAGAAGAAUGAACCAAUCAAAGUGGUAGGGGGGCCUAAACAGACAGCAUGGGGGAAAGCAUGAAAUAACUUUAAUUCUCUCUGGGUUAAAAAAAGCUUGGUGGGUGCCCUGCUAGAUAUCUUGGUAUUACAGUAGGGGGCUUAGCUGUAAAUUUAUCAUACCAUUAUUUUGUAUAACGUAAGUGCUUUGUUAGUAUCUAACAGCCCUUUGUCAGAACAAUAGAGCCAUGGGGUGGGCAUAGUAUUCUUAAUUUUCUGAGGGAAAAUGAGAAAUAAACCCAGCAGCAUACCUUUUGAGUAUUUAGUUGUUGGACAGAUAACUUUUACAAGGAGUCAGAUUCUGCAUAAAUGUUUGGUGCUGUGACAUCAAGUUGGCUUACAGGGAAAAAAAAGUUCUGCUUGCAUUGAGGGGACUUUAACAUAGUUUAAGUAAAGUAAUGCAAAGUCCAUUUUCUUUGGCUGGAACUUUCAGUUUGGCAUUCAGCACUGGACAUUUCUCAAUACACUGACUAAAUUAAACAUUCAAACUUGCACUGCUCUGUCUUUGCUUUUAAACAUUGAUCUCUAUGAUUUAAUUUAAUGUAAUUUAAUACAAAAAUCCCAACAUAUGUCAAAGUUAAACUAAAUGAAAUAAAUUGACAAAAUAUG